UCUUCUCUAUCUCUUCCUCCUCUCAGCCGCCUCCACUGCAGGCAAGGAGCUAUCCAGUGCUGAACAAGUGAUUUUUUUUUCUUCUUUUUUUUUCAGAGGCGUAAGCGGGUGUGUGUGUGUGUGUACAGUAGCAAGCACAUACACAGUAUUGUAUCAUCAGACAUUUCUCUCUCCUCCUCUUCAUUUCCUUUUUCUACAUUCACUCUUUUUCUUUCUGGGACGUGGAACAUCUUUUUUUUAAAGUAAUUUCGACUGGGACGGCUAAGAUAUUUUCUCCAGGAUCUUUUUUUACCUCUUGGCUUUCUGUCUGCGGCCGAUGUGAGGGAUUUCUGGUGCGUCUGUGUGUGUGCGACCGUGUGAAUCAUGCCACGUUCGUUUCUGGUGAAGAAAAUCAAACUGGAUGAUUUCUCCUCGUCUCCUGUGACAACAUCUAAUCAUCAUCACCAUCAUGAUCUCGAUGACUCCUUUACACGCUCUCGUUCCAAUCCCGCGACGAGCCUGGGUGUCCGGCUCUGCGAAAAUGGCUACAUCCAGGAUUACAUCAGUUCCUCUGCAUACACGGGGGAGAAGCAGGCCGACAUGAAGCUGGGCUCUGGGUUGUCAGAUCCAUUGUACUCCCCCGUCAGCAGUGGAGGAGGUGAGUACUGCCAACCUGACCUGGAGCAUCCUGACAGCCCUCAGUCCGGCCUCAUGGCCCGUGGAUACUUCAGCAGCGAGAGCGAAUCUCUGUCUGAGGGUUACACCGUGGAUGCAUUCUUCAUAUCAGAUGGCCGCUCGAGGAGGAAGGGAGAGGUUGCAGAAGCAAGGAAAGAUACCACAGAAGAGAAGGCACCAGAAGGCCCCAACGAGGGCCCCAGACACACUUGCAACGAGUGUGGGAAGACCUAUGCCACAUCCUCCAACCUGAGCAGACACAAGCAAACUCACCGCAGCAUCGACAGCAAGAUGGCACGCAAGUGUCCCACCUGCAACAAGGUUUAUGUGUCCAUGCCAGCUCUUGCCAUGCAUAUCCUCACUCAUGACCUCAAGCACAAAUGUCAUGUGUGCAGUAAAGCUUUCAGUCGACCGUGGCUGCUUCAAGGGCACAUGCGAUCACAUACGGGGGAAAAACCCUUCGCCUGUGCCCACUGCGGGAAAGCCUUCGCAGACCGAUCCAACCUACGAGCGCACAUGCAGACACAUUCGGCUUUCAAGCACUACCGCUGCAAACGCUGCAAUAAAACCUUUGCGCUGAAGUCCUACCUGAACAAGCAUUAUGAGUCCGCCUGCUUCAAAGGCUCUGGAGAUGAGGACGAGUCUGGUUCUGAGAAUUAAGGACACCAGAUGCAGAAAAAGAUGAAGAGAAAGAUGAAGAAGAGAUCAUUGUUAACACUUAAAAAUCCCUCAACCUCUUCACUAACCCCUUCACAGCCACCCCAUUCUCCCUUUUUAAGAAAGCAAUAUUUUCACCAAGAUAAACAAACAAACCCAAUCAUAAGAAGACAAUAAUGAAUAGAUGCUGGAUUUUUUUUCUUUGGUUAAAAAAGACACUCUUGUACAGACACUUAAAAUUAUGAGGCCUGGCAUGCAAUUUUUUUAUGAACAUAAUACUAUUAAUAAUAAUAAUAAUAAUAAUAAUAAUAAUCAUCAUCAUAUUUAGAUUCCUGAUGUUUUAUAGCAAAUCAUAAAAAAUUCAUAAAAACGGACAGCAACAGGUUUGUGUUUUUUUGAGAAAUGAAAAUCAAUUUGUAUUUUUAUGCUGCUCUUUAUUUUCAAUUAUUUUGCAACUGCCAACAUUAACUUUUUAUGAAAAUGUGAAUAAUGACAGUAUUUGCAAAAAAAAGAAAAAAAAAAAAAAGAAAAAAAAAUAUGAAAAGAAAAGAUUGUAGACCUCUGAAAAGGUAAAACCUUUUGUUACAAUUUGGUAUUUUAUUUAUAAGUGUUAUUUUUAUAUUUAAAUCCCUGCAGUUUCUUGCUUCCAUUUUAAUUAAUUAAUUUAUUUAUUUAUCGUGCCAAUCAUUUUCUGUAACUGCUGGUGUGUUAGCAGAGUGACCAUCGGUUUGUUUACCAUGGUAAUCUUAUAGAGGAUACAGCACACAAGACUGAACAUCUGAAAAACUUUUAUUAUACUACGUAUGACAGGGACUUUCAACAACAGCAUAGCAGAUUUUUUAAACCUGCUCACUCUGCUGGUCUUCCUGCACAACUCACACUAAAACAGACUGCAUGUGGUCCAACUGCCUGGAGCUUCACCUCUGGUCUUCCUGCUCCAUGAUUACCUCACCCAGAGGCAGGUAUGGCAUCUAACCUCUCCUCUGUCCAAGCUCUCCAAGCACCCAUCAUACAAACCUCAUUUCUACCAUUCCAGUAUUAUUGUUAAGUAUUUAUGUACUUAUUUAAGCACUAUUUUCAUUUCUCUAUUUAUUAAUGUGUAUUUAUGUAUCUAUUUAUUUAUUUAUUUAUUUAUUUUGCUUGUUCUGGGUUAUGGAUACUGAACUGCCAUUGACCUUUUAAGAUGCUGCUCUUUAAUAACUCUUUAUAUGCAUGAUUCAGCUGUAGAGCGAUUUUAGUCUUUUUGGAGAGGAAAGGUAUGCAGUGUUUGAAACAGAAGAAUUCAGGUGAUGAUGCUUUGUUUAUUGGGCAAUAAUUCUUCAUAGGUACAGCAACUGAACUUGUAUAAUCACAGCUGUCCUAUUAGCAGUCAAUGUAGGGCAAUAAACAAAAACCCCCUUAAUAUCUCCAAUUUCAUUCUCUCCAUUUCGUUGUUUCUACAACUCCAUUUCCUUCUGAGGCAAGCAGAGCAUCUGUAUACUGUAUGGUGUGUUUGACUCCACCCACAUUUAUGUGACGUCACAAUUCAUCUCAUUAUUCGAGAAAUCUCCUUAACAUCUAAACACCAAUAAAAACAUGAAUGACAAGUACAGCAAAAUUCUGAUUCCUGUAAGAUCAAAUUGAACAGAUAAUAAAACACUUGUUCUGUUCAUAAUUAAAAUUUAAAUGUCAUUUAAAUAAUAGAAUCAGCCGCAAUAAGUCAAACUUUAUGUACUUAACACUUUCAAUAAUUUAUGCAGCUUUUUUGUAACAGCAGAAUGGAUUGUUCGUCUACUUUUCAUCAAAAACGUAAUAAAAAGCUAUUAUAUCUCAGCAAUAGCCAAGUUUUGAAUGUAAUUAUAAAAGACUAACCCACAUCAUGACAUAUUUCAUGCAUUUGAUUUUAGCUUACUAUCCAAAUAAAUCCCAUCAUAAGCUGGAGCCACCAGAUGAUGACAUGAAUAUGUUUAUAUAAUAUGCUUUGGGUGAAAGGAGUGCUGAGUUUCAGGACAGAGAUUAAACAAAAUAGAGGCUUAAAGGUAGCAUUGCUGGAAAUAACUGAGCAUAUGGCGUCAGUGCGCUACGGCUUCAUAAUAAAGAUAUGAAAGGUGCUUGCAGAUGAAAGGAUGAGAAGCACAAUCAGAUAAUGUGAUCGUGUAAUCAGAUGUCUCUUUUCCUGUCUUUCCUAUGAAGCAGAGACAGUGGCAUUUAAGAAUAACAAAACUGUUAAUUUAAUAUUAUAGUUUGCACACGGUUUAAAAAAAACCUUAUUUACAGAACUGUUGUAUAAAAGCAACAUCACACUCACAAUUGUGCUGUUGUACUGACUACAACAGUAUAAAUAGGAAAACAGUGGUUCACAGCCAUGCUGGUAUUCAUUACAACAGCACUCUUGCUUAUGUUACAUUUCUGAAAUCCAAAUACUUUGAUCACCAUCAUUAAGGAAUGAGAACAGCUUAAAAUGCAAGAAAAUAGAUUUUAAAGGCAAAGCCUCUUUAUUCUUCAUUUGACCUGAUUCAUACAAUCACAUUAUAUGAGCUUAUACUACGAGUCUGUUGAAUGAUUGUUUCUGAUUGGUUGACAGACGUUCUAAGGUGUGCAAUUAUUUUUCAAGUAAACACAUGACUAUGAAGUAGCUCCAGGUCUUGACUGCAUAACGGUUCCCUAUCACUUCGCCAAAUUAUUUCAGUUAUUUCAAAGUGCCCUACAGGCUACCACAACAAAAUAACCAAUUAAAACAAAGACAUCGGUUAAAGUAAAUCAGUUAAGAACGUCAGACAAUGUCUAAAAUAUCCUACAUUUAUGUCAGUUUCGGUUGAAAUAAUGUUGGUGCAACUAUCCUUAUGAGGACUCUCCAUAGACAUAAUUAUUUUUAUACUGUCUAUCCCCUAACCCUACCCCUAAACCUAACCCUCACAAAAAACUUUCUGCAUCUUUAUGUUUUCAAACAAACAUAGUUUAGUAUGUUUUUUAAGCGAUUUGAAUUAUGGGGACACUAGAAAUGUCCUCAUAAACCACAUUUAUAGCAUAAUACCCUUGUAAUUACCAGUUUGUAACCUAAUAAAAUGUCCUUGUAAACCACCCAAACCCACCCACACACACACACACACACACACACACACACACACUGAGACUCGAGUUGCAUCCAACAAAUAGAGCCGCAUCCCGGUGAUUUGAUUAAUACAGUUUCUAUUAUCCGAAAUAACUUUUAAUGUUUCAGUGUAUUUCGCCGUAAUCAGCCUCACAUAGCUAUAGUGGAAAAAGCACCACGCUACCCCUCCCCCUCUGUUUCGCUCUCACACAAACUCUCUUGGUAGCAAAGUCAGCGCUCCCCCUCGACUCACUGCGAUUGUAAACAGUUUUUUAGCAAUAGAAAAGCUACAUACAUGAAUGGCGACACUCGCUGCUGCUGAGAUUUAAACUUACACUUUGUUAAUUUGAAGCGAUGGUAUUCCUGUUGAGAGCCACUUUAAACACAGGCAGUUCAACUUGCGAUCUUUCUCAGUUUCUCUCUCUUAAUCUCUCGCUCACACAUGAUAUGCACACACUUACUCGCAAGAGAAAAACAGAGCCGUCAUGUCAGCCACACCUGCAUCUCAGUAGGGUUGAAAAAAGUUGUUAAGGUGUACAACGGAAAUGUGGUGACACUUGCUACUACUGAGAAGUGCUUAAACUUACAUCUUGGCGAUUUUGAAGCUAUGUUACUUCUGACGAGAGCUGUAACAAAAAAGGUAAUCCCUGAAGCGAUCUCUCUCAUUUUCUGCGUUUUUCUCUUUCGAUCCCUCAAACAUAAACUCAUACACAAACUCACACACACACACACGCACUACCACAUUAUCCAGUAAGUCCUUGAGUAAAGCAGCGCAAGCCUCACUAUCCUCACUAUAUUAUGUUUAAAGUGACGUUUUCAAACUAGCAAUGAAGGCUCGGACUGUAUAAAAGCAAGACGCUGAAUCCGUGGUGAAACAAAAUAGUUCCUCUCAUAAGAGCAUUUUAGGGAUGAAAACCAGAAAAUGUCUUGAUAUAAAACCCUGAACAAUGAAUUAAGGUGUGGUAACCGUGGUAUAAGUGGAGUAAUUGACCCCGGGCCGUUGAAUUGUUUAAAAAUAAUGCUGUACAUACACAUAUGCAGAUGCAGCUCAUGUCAAAGUGAAUGUUAGACUAGGUACAGCCAAUAAAAAAGACUGGAAGUGUGCACUCUCUCUCUUCCCUAAGGGGUUAACAGGUGUUGGUGGACAGACAGUAGACAGAGAGCAUAAUUGAGUCUGUGUUUGACCUUGUGAGGAAGCAGCAGCAGCCAAAGGCUCUUUCAGCAUUUUGCAUGUUGUAAAAAGGACGGCACAAUCUCAGUAAUGGGCCAAAACCUGCUGGGAAUAGAUAAUGAGUUUCUCCUCCCACUUUUCUUCUGCUCUUCAUCUCUUAUCCAUCCAUUCCUGACCUCGUACACUAGCACGCUGUCUCUCAUUCUGUGUCCUAGCUGAGUUCUGCAUGCUAUUUCGAUCUCAUCUUUUAUGGACACCCAUCCUGCUUUUCUUCCCAAAUCAUCUCCCAUAUUUCUGACAUACCCCACACAUAGAGAAUCAAGAGACUGCUUGUUAUGAACUUAAUUUUUUUUUUCAAAUUGGGAUAUUUUCCAUUGUAAUUGCAUCAAAGAUUUUGAAGGUUGUAAAUUUGAGGAAAUUCUAAUUAUGCAAAGCUUGCUGUAAUGUAGAUCAGCUCUUUUAAAAGGCUAUUCCAAAGGACUACUAUCAUUUUCCACAAACGUGAGAUAACUGAAGAGACAGAGAAAGUGAAAGCAUUGUUGCUAAAAUAAGUGUAAAUAUGUGUGUAUAUAGAUUUAAGCAAUAAUGAGAAAUCGCAUGUGGGAAAAGCGAAUCCCUUUGCUUAUACUAUACCUUUUCUGAGCAGUUUAACCCUGGACAGGCUGAACAGGAUCAGGGACUUCAUUAGCUCAUUACCUGCUGUAGCUACCAGCAAUUUUAACAAUGGUAAUCAUUCUCUCUGUUCACCAGGAUCUAUGAUUCUUUGUCUCUCUCUCUCCCUCUUUCUCUCUCUGUUUUUUUCUUUUGUGGAAGUGCCCAGCCUGGCUGAACAAUAACAUGAAGUGCCAGAAAAAUAAAGAGUUAUUUCCAUGACAAAAGCCUUCAGCAUAUGGUAGGCAAGUCACAGCCCUCCAUAUGGUCCUUGAGAGAUUUCAGAUUGUCUCUCUUUUCCCCCCUUGCCUUCUCUUUCUAUCUUCCUUCUUUUUUUCUUUUUUUUUUUUUGUCUAAAAACCUAGAUUUUUCCACUUCUGAUGUUACUUUUUGCCUGUUAUGAAGGGUAAAGCCAAUAGUGAUGAUGUUUAUGAACAAUAAAAUCAAUAG